AAUAAUCAAAAUGAAUACAUUUUUAACAAUUAUGUGUUUGGCUUUGGUAGCUAGUGCAGCAGCUAAGCCUGGCUACAACUAUCAACAACCAAAAUCUGUUGUUAAACAAUCAUUCUUUCCCUCAGCACCAGUAAGUAACAAUGUCAUUUACUCUGCCCAGCAAGCUCCCCCAUUGACCUCAUUCAAUGUUCAGUCUCAAAGCCAGCAAAUCAAGCAAAACUUUGUCGGUUCAGUACCACCUCCUCAAUUUGCUCCUCAGCCUAUUGAUGUAUCCCCUCCUCAAUUUGUUGCUCCUGUACAACAGUAUUCCCCGGCUGCUCCUCAAUUUGUUGGCCCAGCUCCUCAAUAUGUUGCUCCUGUGCAACAAUCAGCUGUUUAUGCUCCUUCUGCUCCUGCUUUAUCUUCAUCCCAGUACAAUUAUCAACCUCAACAACAAACCAUUGUCUCCAAGGAUAUUUUCAUUCACUCUGCUCCUGAGGAAACCGAAGAAAUUGGAGGCGAUCUAGGUGCUGAAGCUGGUCCUAUUCGCAAGAACUACCGCAUUGUAUUUAUUAAGGCCCCAAGCCAAAACUUGAAACUUAAUUUGGAUGCUCUAAAACGUGCUCAAGCUUCCAACGAAGAAAAGACUGUCAUCUAUGUAUUGUCCAAGAAACCCGACCUCGCCAACAUCCAAAAUCAAUUGUCUGCUGUACAAACCGAACAAAAGGCCCACAAACCUGAAGUUUACUUCAUCAAGUACAAGACCCAAGAAGAAGCCAACCGUGCUCAGCAAGAAAUCCAAGCCCAAUACGAUGCUUUGGGUGGUUCUACCCGCAUUUCGGAUGAAGGUGUUGCUCCCGUUACCUCCGUCAUUGGUGGUAGUCCCGUUAAGGUUGGUUCUGUUGGUCCCGUUUUCGGCAGUGGCUCAAACAAUGUUCCUGUAUUUUCCAGUGGUUCUUUCGGCGGCAAUUCCAACUUUGUACAAUCUGCUAGCAACAACCAACAAACUUUCGUACAACAAUCUUUCCAAGGUAACCAAGGUUCAGCUUCUACCGUAAGCUUUGGUGUUGAAGCUCCACACAACAAGUACUUACCUGCUCAAAAGAAAUAAGUUGGCAAUCCACUUAUUUGAAUAGAUAGUGCCAUUUUUUCCCUAAAUUUUCUUAAAACUAUUUUUACAAUUGAUCUUCUUUCUAUCGACAUUUAAUG